UUCGCCCGCGAUAACUCUCGGCGUCGUCGGGCAACAUCUUGCCAGUGUAGCGGCGAACGCGCAGCCGUGUUCAUAAGCGUUGGUGGCGGCGAGGGAAUCCCGUGACCGCGAGUUCGAGCGCUUUUAUGUAUAUACGUCUUUUUUUCCCGCAGUGUACAGCCGACCUCGCGCUAGUGCAGAUCGGUUGUUUCGGCCUUAAAAAGUUGGAAAUCCCGUAAACAUGAUGAUGGCUUUGUUUGGGCUCUUUGGGCUCUGCGCACUGCUGGGAGCCAAGUUCAUGCUUCUGGCGAAGAUCCUGUGGACGAAGGACUGUACCGGUAUCAGCGGAAAAACUCAGGUGCUCUACGGCAUCGUAUUCGCCACCAGGUAUCUGGACAUAGUGACGACCUACUACACCUAUCCAAUAAACGUCUCGCUGACCAGAAUAUCUUUCACGGUUUUGACGUACUGUAUCGUGUUAUCGAUAUUUUUCUUCUACAGCGAUUCUUAUCAGAUUAAAUACGAUAAGUUCAGAAUCGAGCUGCUGAUCCUGCCGUGCAUAGUCCUCUCGCUGCUGGCCAACUACGGCUUCGACGUAGUCGAGGUCUUCUGGGCGUUCAGCGUCUACCUCGAGUCCGUGGCGAUCUUGCCCCAAGUCUACAUGGUGACACGAGCCAAGCGAGUCGAGAACAUAGUCUACUACUACGUGUCGGUCUUGUCGGUGCACAAGGUCUUCGUCAUCAUGGAGGCUAUCUACCGAUUCUACCUGAACGAGCACUACGACAGGAUCAGCCUGGCAGCGGGCAUAGUUCAGCUCAUGUUCUACUGCGACUUCUUCCUCAGAGAGGUACCGCUCGGCGACGAUCUCGACAAGCUCGAGACGGCCCAGCCGCAGCAGCAAGUGCCGCUGACCGAGGCCGACGAGAGGAGAGCCGCGAAGGAAGCAGAGGCCGCGAGAAGCGCUGCCGCCAACGAUGAGUUGAGGGAAGUCGUGCUGACACCGACGGCACUCGAGAGGGAUAAUGAGAGGGUGGCCGUCGUAACACCCGGAGAUCAUCGGGAAGCUACAGCAACGAACGAGGCGUCAGUUCGAACAUAAUUAUUAUUGUACUUUAAUUACUACUUUUUCAGUUCAUUGGAGACUUUGAAUAAAUGUGAUAAUAAAAUAAUUUUAAGUACUGUU